CUUGGGACAGCACAACAUUCAAGCAGACUGGUUGAGCAGGGCCACUGUCGAUCAUUUUGAGUGGCGCCUGCACCCGAGCCUCUUCCAGGAGAUAUUGGAUUGGUUAGACAGAGACCCUCUUUGUCAGGAAGACAGAGGCCCUCUUUGUCUCAUUCCAACCCUCCACACUGGGGAGGAAAGUCACAGCUUCAACAGUGGGUAGAUGGCUUUGAGCCAUGAUUGUGAAGGCAUAUGUAAUACAGACAUUACCCGUGUCCAGAGGAAUCACGGCAUACUCCAUCAGGAGUGCGGCCACAUUAGUGGCUUGGGCGACACAAGCCGCUAUCGAAGAAAUUUGUAGGGCAGCGACGUGGUUGUCACCGUCAUCCUUCAUAAGACAUUACAGAUUGAACAUUUUUGCCUUGGUGGAGGCUGCCUUUGGCAGAUGUGUCCUGCAGAGGGUUCACAUGGUGAGGGAGACUCCAAACCAGAUGGAGGCCCUCCCGUAAGGACACGCCAGCUUGGGUAUGUCCCUGACCUGGAUGCUCGGAGCAGCUCACUGGAGAAAGGGUGUUGGUUCUUGCCUGAUACUCCCAUUCUCUGGGAGCUGUGAAGAGCAUCCAGCCCCACCCAGAUGACCGUCUGGUUCUGGUUCUGAUCCUGGUCAAACAUGAUGAGCAACGGUGAAGGAAGAACAAUGGUGUAAUCUACCACUUCGACUUUGCCAAAACUAGGGGCAAGUGGCAAGGGGGCGGAUCCUCAGAACUUUGCUCAGCCUAUUGAAUGGCAGACGGAAGUAUUACCCUGAACUGGAUGCUCUUCACAGCUCCCAGAGAAUAGGCCUAUCAGCACUUUCUAGAGAAAAGUGUUAACAUGGAUAGUGUAUUCCUCAUAGAGGCUAAGGCCAAUUCUGUCUUAAAAAGAUACCCACGGACCAAUGGACUUUUGGAAGAACUUAAAAAAGGAAACAUCGAGCAUGAAUGUUAUGAAGAACGCUGUGAUAAAGAAGAGGCAAGAGAAGCAUUUGAAAAUGAUGAAAAAACAGCAGAAUUUUGGAAAGAUUACACCAAUGGACUCUAUGGAGGAAGUAACCCAGGACAGAACUGGUACCCAUUUUACCUAACGUUUCCUCUAGUCAUUGGCCUUUUGGUGGUGGUUCUUAUUAUAUUUGUCACAUGGAGAUGCCUGUUCCAAAAAACCCCACAUGGACAGUCCAUGUACACCCAGAGCAGAAACAGGGAAGAUAUAGGUGACAGAGCCAUUCCUGAUCGGAGAAAUCCCAUCCCUCAGUCAUUCAGCGUUCUUCAUUCUCCCCAAGAAGAAAUAUUUGAAGGCAGUGGACACUUCCCAAGGUACUUGAGCUACACAGAGAGACCUAUGGAUUUCUUAUCAAUCAGGUUGUCAAACUGUGAACCACCACCAUCCUAUGAGGAAGUUACUGGUGAAAGUAGCACACAAAGAAAUGAAUUUGCAAAUCAUUUGGAUCUGCCUCCUCAGUAUGAGGACAUUGUGAAUAGCAUUUCAGUACUUCAUGUUAACAUCAAAUGAAAGAGAAUGAUGAAAUGCUCCCUUUGUAGAAACAAAUGAACCCUAACACUUUUUAGCACUUUAUUAUAGCUUGGUAUUUCAAAGAUUGCUACUGUAUUAUGCCAAUUCUUAUUCUAUAACUUUGGUUUAUUCUGUGAGAAUCCCUACAUUUGGGAAACAAAAUAGUCUUCAGCGUGAUUAUAUAUUAACACUAGGCAUGGCAUUAUUGUCAUGGCAUACUUUUUCUACUAUUGAAAGUGGUGCUAAUAAAUAGCUCAAUUAUAAAAAUUGAUUGUUUAAGCAGAUGGCAACACAAGACUGACUUUAUCUAGGUUCAGAAAUUAGGGAAAAUUGGUCUUGAUUUCUAUUUCAAUGGGAAAACCUCCCAGGAAUAGCAGGACUGUAGACUAAACUACGAAGUUAAGAAAAGAUCUUGAAGGCAAAGGGUGAACCACUUCUGUAUUGCUGUCAAGAAAACUAUAUAAAUGUAUCCAUGAAAUUGGAAGUCAAGUUUGGCUUGAAAAAGACUUAACCUUGAACAAAAUAGGUACAGUAAGAAAUGCCGACAAUUUUCCUCUCAAAAUAAGUAUUUUUGGAAUCCUUGUAUAGCAAAAACAAGCAAAUCAUUUAGUAGGAAUAGUCAGGUUUGUCUCUAAAAUCUACUUGUUACAAUGAACACUAAUUAAAACUAUGUUGAUGAUUAACUAUAUUUAAGCACAUGUAUUUUGAUUGUUCAGAAGAGUAUUAAAGACGUUUUGAGAUGCUUUGAUCUAUAUUUCCAUUUGUAAGCACCUUAAAGACUAUGAUUCUGGAGACUCACCA